UGUCCACUGUGUGCAGACAGUCCAAAGUCACCAGAAGGAAGAAGAAAACCUGUAACAGAGAGAGCUGGCCAAGAGCGAAGACCUAUGCAAAUGAGACCUGCCCACUCUACCAAGAACCAGACGUCUAGAAGCAGAGAUCAGAGCACAUGCGUGCGGCGCUGCACUUGGAAGGAAGAAAGAGGAGGCUCUGAGGGAGCAGGACAUCUCCUGUGAACUCCCCGUGUGCAGCGUGAGGAUGGCGGAGCAGCAGGGCCGGCAGCUCGAGGCCGAGUGCCCCGUCUGCUGGAACCCCUUCAACAACACGUUCCACACCCCCAAAGUGCUGGACUGCUGCCACUCCUUCUGUGUGGAAUGCCUGGCCCACCUCAGCCUGGUGACUCCCGCCCGGCGGCGUUUGCUGUGCCCACUCUGUCGCCAGCCCACCAUGCUGGCCUCAGGACAGCCCGUGACUGACUUGCCCACGGACACUGCCAUGCUCACCCUGCUCCGGCUGGAGCCGCACCAUGUCAUCCUGGAAGGUCGUCAGCUCUGUCUCAAGGACCAGCCCAAGAGCCGCUACUUCCUGCGCCAGCCCCGGGUCUACACGCUGGACCUGGGCCCCGAGCCUGGAAGCCAGGCUGGGCCCCCCCAGGACACAGCCCCCGCCACCGUGCCGAUGCCCAUCCCUAUCCCCAGCCACUACUCUCUGAGGGAGUGUUUCCACAACCCCCAGUUCCAGAUCUUUGCCUACCUGAUGGCUGUCAUCCUCAGUGUUGCUCUGUUGCUCAUCUUCUCCGUCUUCUGGAUCAAGCAGUUCCUUUGGGGUUUGGGGUGAGCCCUAACGAGGAACCAAGCCUUUCUCAGUUGCUGCUGGGUUUGGGGACUGCAAAGCCUCGUUUGGUGUCAUCUUCCUUUGUUGUAUUGUUCAUUUACAAUCCAGGGAUCGGUUGAGCCACGUGUUUACUUCUGAGACCAGAGAAGGGCCUAAUACAACAAGGAAACAACAAAAGCUGAAGGGCUGGGGGAUGUGGAGAGAUCUCUGGGUGUGAAACGUGGGGUUGUGGAAGGGCAAGGAAGCAGUUCUAUGACUAUAGAGCUACACAGCCAGUUGUGCCAAAGGGCUGGACAAUGGUAUCCAGGAACCUAACCUAAAUAGCAAGUUGUGUUUCUCACUGGAGCUGCUUUGGACUCAGUUCACAUUUUUUUGAGUUGUGAUUUUUACUAUGGGCUGCUAAACAUCUUGGAAAGUGAGCUUCAAUUCUGUGGGUGAAUGUGUUUGUUUUCCCCUUUUCCUGUUUCUCUUUGGAUGUUUUGCCACCAGUGACAGUAAAAAUGUUCUGCAUUCAUGAAUGCAUUCACUUGUUCAUUCUACAACCAUUUCCUGGGCCGGUGCCGAGUGCCAGGACUAAGGGAAGAGAAAAGUGAGAUUUUUCCAGGGGUGGCAGAUGGCCCUUAACAGCAGAGAAGGCAUGUUCAUUCAGCUGCUUCUUAUACAAGACCUCUUGCCAGCAUGCAGUUCAUGGAGUAUUAGGAGUAUAAAAAUCUAAAGGCAAAAGAAGCCAAAUCAGUGGAUUAGGAGAAAUCUAGGAUUUGGAGGAAUAGGUUGUUAUUCCUCCUGGCAGGGGCAAAGGCCAUUAAUAGAAUGGGUAAGGUGAGAGCUCUGACUCCCCUCCCCCAAGCACGGUAAUUCUGUUCUCAUGAAGGAAGACAAAAACCCUGGAUAGAGGCGAAGCCUUAGUUCCCAUCCCAGGCCAUAGUCGGGAGAGGGGACCUUGGUUUUCACUUUACACGAUAAAAUUCAGGAACCAAGGAAAUGAGAUAGAAUUUGGAGGCUCAGGCUGUUGCUUGACAAGUUGCCACCUUGCACUGUCUAAAACCUGAUUUCUGCUUCUCUAGUUUGAACCUUGCCUGGUGGCUCAGGGCUCUGAAACAAUCUCAAAGUGGAUAAAACACCAUCAAAAUUAUGAAAAGAUAAUAUUUUGAGUUUUUUUUUUUAAUUUGUAGAAUAAACUUUCAGAGGACA